AUGACGGUCGAUGAUUCGAGUCCGCGGAAGUGUCUGGGGAAGGACUGUCCAAACGAUGCCGGUUCGUUGCAAUGUCCAACCUGCCAGAAAAUGGGAAGAGAGAGCUACUUCUGCUCUCAAGACUGCUUCAAGAGGAACUGGAGUGAGCACAAAGCGGUGCACAAAUCACAGAGUAAUCCUCUCCGCAAUCUCUUUCCCCCAAAGGUCGUCUCUGAACCCGAUCCAGCUACCGGCCUCUUCAACCCUUUCCCAACCUUUCCUUACACUGGCCCCGUACGACCCGUCUACCCGUUGUCGGCGAAGCGACAAGUACCAAGCAACAUACAACUUCCGGACUAUGCGAAGGAUGGCAUACCGCAUUCCGAACAAGUCUUCCUUGGGAGGAACAAAAUCAAGGUCCUCAACAAGGAGGAGCAAGAUGGCAUGCGAAAGGUUUGCAGGUUAGCGCGAGAGGUCUUGGACAUUGCAGCGAGCGAGGCGCGGCCUGGUGUCACGACUGAUCACAUUGAUGAAGUGGUGCACAAGGCCUGUAUGGAACGAGAUUCGUACCCUUCGCCGCUCAACUACUGCCACUUCCCCAAGUCCGUCUGCACAUCAGUGAACGAGGUCAUUUGUCACGGUAUUCCAGACAAGCGUGUCCUACAGGACGGAGAUAUCCUGAACAUCGACGUAACCCUAUAUCAUGGCGGCUUCCACGGCGAUCUCAACGAGACAUACUACAUCGGCGACAAGGCGCUAGCUGAUCCGGAUUCGGUACGAGUAGUCGAGUGCGCCAGAGACUGUCUCGACGAGGCGAUCAAGAUCGUCCAGCCAGGCAUGCUCUUCAGAGACCCGGGCAACGUCAUAGAAAAGCAUGCAAAGAGCCAAAAGUGCGGCGUUGUCCGGACUUACUGUGGGCACGGCAUCAACCAGCUAUUCCAUUGUGCGCCGAACGUUCCGCACUAUGCGAAGAACAAGACAGUCGGCGAGGCGAAGCCGGGGAUGUGCUUUACCAUCGAGCCCAUGAUUACGCUGGGCACAUACAGAGACAAGACCUGGCCGGAUGACUGGACAAGUGUCACGCAAGACGGGUCGCGGACUGCGCAGUUCGAGCAUACUUUGCUGGUGACCGAAGACGGGGUUGAAGUCUUGACAGCGCGGUUGGCAGAUUCUCCCGGCGGCAAGGUACCUAUGCCUGGUGUGAAUGGGUCUGGAACAUCUGCUCCCACGACGCAUCCAACAGCGAACGGCACUGACUAA